UGGGGAAUCAGAUUUUCUCAUAGAUUUUAUUGGAUUAGUCACAGCAGCUUCAAAUGAGAAGCAGUAUACCAAAUCUGGGAACAUCACAAGGAAGAUUGAGCUGGAUUUAACUGAUGAAAAGUGAUAUUGUUCUUCAAAAUGUUAUGAAUGGAACGAAGAUUAUGUGGAAUCCUGAUAUCCCGGAAGUAGCAUCAUUUCGAGAUGGUUUUGCUCGUAAUGGAAUUGAUUGUCACCUUCCUCUUGGUUUAAUUGAUGGUGAUGUGCCAACUCUUUCUCUUGAUGAGGAUUUUUUAACAAUGUUUCCUCGGAAGACUAUUCUGGAUUUGCAUUCAACUGCUGAGGAAGGUAUAUUCAUUGUAUGUGCUAAGGUAUCUGGUUUACUUGAGGGGGAGAAGUGGUGGUAUAUGUCCUGCCGUUGUCACAGAGGUGUUACAAUUAAAGAUGAUAUGCCUUAUUGUUCUGGGUGUGCUACGUUUGUGCUUGAAGUUAUUCCAAGGUUUAGGAUUAAGAUUGAAGUCUGUGAGGGUGAAGACACAGCUAUAUUUGUCUUAUUUGAUGCUGAUAGUCAACAUCUAAUCCAAAGGAAUUGCAAGGAUUUAUUUGCUGGUUGGAAGGGGAAGAAUGCGUGUGAAUAUCCUGAUGUUAUUAAGGGUUUAGUUGGGAAGGAGUACCUUUUUAAGGUUGAGAAGAUGUCUGACCACGGUGCGAAAUUUGACGAUUCAUUCAAAGUGAAGAAGGCUUGUGAUAAUGGUUCUGUUAUCGAGAAGUUCAAGCAUAAUUCUCAAGUUCAAACUCCUAAGAAGUUGCUUACCGAUGCGUUUGUUUCUAAAUUUGCUGGUGGAUCAAAUGGACGUCACUUGAGUGACAUUAUAGCUGAGUCUUCCAAUGAACUUUCAGAAAUUGGUGCCAAUACAGUCUCCCUUGAUGACAUAUCUCCGGUGGAAUGUUCCUCUGUUCUUUCUUCUGUUGGGAGUGCUGGUGAUUUUGAUGCAAGCUCCUCCAAACCUACCAAGAAGAUGAAGCUAAGGAAUGUUAAAGAGAUUUAGGAGUCUUUUCAGUUAUAAGACAUCAUGUGUUCCUUCCAAGUAGUUUAUCCAUUUUGACUGUGUCAAGAACUUGUGUUUUGCUGCCCCUCUGAUGUUGUUGUAAUGUUUCUAUUCGGGUGCUCUCUAUCACCUUAUGUUUUGUUAUAUUUUGUUAUACUGCCGAGGGGUAUUUUAAUUUUUAGUGAUUGGAACCUUUGCUGGUUGUCCUGGUUUUUUUAGAUGGUCUUUGUCUUUUGUUUUAUGGUUUCACUUUGAUGUGAUGUAAUGAACUGUCGAUGAUAUGGGAAAUCUUAUGUUUAUUUGUUUGUAAUAUUCUGCAGUUUAUUUUUCAUUUGGUUCUGGGAGCACUUAUAAUUCGACAUCAUCAUUUUCCUCUAACAUACCUUGGGUAGGACUUUAAUUUUAUAAAUGUAUUGUACUGGUGUUUCACUGAUCUUAUUUAUGGUAUGAGAUUUAGUAGCUUUGUACAUGUUAUAUGUACAUCACAAUUGCCCAGAACUUUUUAUAAAGGUAUUCUUGCUGUUAUUUUGAAAAGUGUAAUAUAAAAUAUGAUAUGAACUGUAAUAAGUGUAGUUUUUUUUGUAUGAGAUU